AUGGAUAAAGUAAAAAUCGGUGCGAUGACUGCCGCAAGUGUUGUAUUAUUGCCGAAUGAAGAUUUAAUUCCUUGGCACCAAGCUAUUGGAGAUGGAGAAACACUCGUGGAAAUGAGAGAAGAUGGUGUUCAUAUCACAGAAGACUAUUUGAACAACAAAGAUUUUAAAAGUCAAAAUUAUCGUGAAUUCCCAACAAAAUUAAAAAGUGACAAUCUUAAAGAAAUUGGUGAGAGAAAACUAAAAGAAAAUCCAAAUUAUAACGCCAUAAAUAUAAAUGGAAAAAAUUGUCGUGGACUUGUUGAUGAAAUUAAACAAGAAAUUAGAUGUGGAGGAGACAAAGAAAAAAUUAAAGAAGACAAUUUAAAAGAGUUAGAACGUUUGGCACUGUUUCACAAAUUAUUGACUGACUAA